AUGGCCACCUCGACAGACACCGAACACCGCGACCACCACCGUCACCACCACUACGGCCGUCCGGCGCUAUCGCGGCCACCGCAGCAGCAGCAACAGCAAUACCACUAUGCGUACAAAACUGUGGCCAAGAAACAACGGUCGUCGUCGGCCGGUGGCAAGAAGAAAUCGACCGGCAAUCGUAGGCGACGUCUGACGCACGUGUUGGCCGGCAUCAUUCUUGGACUGUUUGUCGGCUACACGUUCGGCGGAUCGUACGGCCGAUUCCGGUUAUACGCCGGUUGCGGCGGUGGCGGUGGCGGAGUCAGUAGCGAUGGCGGCCGGCCCGGCGUGCUGCGGCCGCUGCAGCAAUCGUCGCAGGCCCACGACGGCGACGACGAUAGUGGUGGCGGUGGAGCGAGACCUAUGGCUAGCGGUGGGGAAGCCGGAGGUCCACCCGAAUCGUUACUGUUCGUCGGUGUGAUGACGGCCAACCGGUACCUGGCCACCAGGGCGGCCGCGGUUCACGGCACGUGGGCACGUCGUGUGCCUGGCCGCGUGGUGUUUUACAGCUCGGAAACGUCGGUCCAACCGCCGGGCGCGGCCGACCUGCCGCUCGUCCGUUUGCCCACGGUGGACGACUCGUACCCGCCGCAGAAAAAGUCGUUCCUGAUGCUGCAGCACAUGUGGGACAACUACGGAGGCGCAUACGAGUGGUUCAUGCGGGCUGACGACGACGUGUACGUGCGUCCCGACCGGCUGGCAGCGCUUCUCCGGUCCGUCGACAGCCGUAAACCGGUGUUCAUCGGACAGGCUGGCCGUGGCAACCAGGAGGAGUUCGGUCUGCUCAGCCUCGAGUACGACGAAAACUUCUGCAUGGGAGGGCCCGGCGUCAUCAUGAGCCGCGAGACCCUGGCCAGGGUGGUGCCGCACAUCAAACACUGCCUGAAGAACCUGUUCACCACGCACGAGGACGUCGAGCUUGGCCGGUGCGUGCAAAAGUACGCGGGCGUGUCGUGCACGUGGUCCUACGAGAUGCAAACUAUUUUGUACCACAACUCCAGUGGCCGCGAUGCGUUCACUGGAAAUUUGAAACAGAAAGAAGUGCACCGAGCAAUUACUCUCCAUCCUGUCAAACAGCACACUCACAUGUAUAGGAUACACAACUACAUGAAGGGUCUCGAGCUACAGGAAAUACACCAGAAGAAGAUCCUGUUGCACCGGGACGUACGAUCCAUGAUCGAUCAACUGAACAGCGAGCACCCGCGACCGUCCAACGAGUUCCGGCUGACCGGCGACUCGAAACAACUGUUCGCGUCCCGGCCGGGAAGUCCGAAUUACUUGGGCGACCCAGAUCUGUUGGGACUUCCGCCGGGCCUGAACAAGUAUAGGCCGCGCAAGGUGGCGGACGUCAUCAAAUGGGACUUCAUAUCGAAGGCUUGGUACUCGGACACGGAUGCGAAUCCCAGGCGUCGGAUCGACUCGUACACGAAAGAAGGACUCGAUGACGUCGUCCGGGAGGUGAUGGAUCUGAUAAAUAAAUUUUCCAAGCAGCGCGGUCGGGUGAUCGAUUUUAAAGAAAUAUUUUAUGGUUACCAGAGGGUGAAUCCAUUGUUUGGAGUGGAUUACAUGUUAGACAUGUUACUGAUGUACAAGAAAUACAGGGGAAAAAAGAUGACCGUUCCAGUGCGGCGGCACGCAUACCUCCAACAGCAGUUUACCGGUUUCGAAGUGCGCGAAGUACUUGACGGGUCGGAAGUGAAGCUCAUUACGCAGCAACAGGACGCCGAAGCGUACGACAACGACGACGACGACGCGGCGGGAAGUCCGUCCAGGGACAUUGCGGACAACGGGAUGGUCCGGGUGCAGGAUGGGCCGCCGGCUAAGCGUCGGGCGGACAGCCGAGCCAAGACGGUGCACUUCGUGCUGCCGCUGUUCAACCGGCUGGCCACGUUUGCCCGGUUCGUAGACAACUACGAGUCGGUGUGCCUGGCGAACGGCGAACGCGUCACGCUGACAGUGGUCCCGUUCGGGCAGGCCACAGCGGACGGGGCGGCCGCCGCGGUGGCACAGCUCGCGGGCCGUCACCCGGACGCCCGGCUCACCGUGCUGCCGGACCCCGGUGUCCCGUUCGCCCGGGCGGCCGCGCUGCACGCGGGCGCCGUCCACGCGGCCGGUCCGCCGCCGGACGACCUACUGUUCUUCGUGGACGUGGACAUGCUGUGGACUGCCGCGACACUGGACCGCGUUCGGCUGAACACUGUUCGCGGCCACACCGCGUACUUCCCGAUCGUGUACAGCGAAUACGAUCCCGUGGUGGUGUACGGCCGGGCGGCCGGGUCCCCGAACCACUUCCUGGUCAACCAGGACACCGGAUAUUGGCGGCAGUACGGGUUCGGCAUCGUCAGCGCAUACGCUACGGACCUCGCGGCAGCCGGCGGGCUAGACACUUCCAUCAGGGGCUGGGGCAACGAGGACGUGGACCUGUACGAGAAGUUUGUGCGGUCGCGAACCGCGGCGUCUGUGUUUCGUGCCGCCGACCCGGAUCUGGUGCACGUCUACCACCCGGUCGAGUGCGACGCCGGAUUGCCAGAGCCCAAAGCCCGGAUGUGCGCCAACACCAGGUUCGAGACGUACGGCAACGUGGACCAGUUCGCCAACAUCAUCUACAGGAACCGGGACGCGGUGUACGAAUUCGCCGCCAGAAGGCUGCGCAAUGAGUCGAUUGCCGCGACUGCACGGCCGCCGCCGCAGCAGCCCGCUUCGGUGUCGGCGCCGCGGCCUCGAGUUUAAUAUAUUUAUUACGUUAAAUGUUAAUUACUAUUUCAACAAUAAUAUAGUACUUGGCACACUAUUGUUUAUCAUUUUUUUGAUUGUAAACGAACAAAAACGGCGAUUCGCGUCGUGAUCUCAAGUCGAUCGAGAAAAUCGUGUCUCUCUUUUUUUUUACCUCUCGCUCUCUAUAUGUAUAUAAAUAUAAUGUAUAAAACGUAUCGUGAUAUUAUUAUAAUACCCUUAAUAUGAUAUCAUUAUU